UUUUCAUUUUCAUUCGUUCACUUUUCUACUUUGCUUCGAGUGCGACGAGUUCGAUGACCGAAGCAUCCGACCCGACUCCCGCCUCGUCCAUGCUCGCUCCAUGGGCUGCAAUGCUCACGGAUCCCGCCGUCUAUGCGAUUCUCGGGUCGUCGCUCUUCCUCGUCUGGCACGGCUCAGAGCGGUCUGCUCAGGCGGUUGCUGCGGUCAAGCGGAACGAACAACCCGCCGAAUAUAUUCAGACAAUGUCCAAACGCGAGGUGCUGCUGUUUCCAGUCGUCGGGUCGUUCACUCUGCUCCUGAUCUUCUUCUUGUUUGAGUGGAUUCAAUUCCUGCUCAUCAUUUCGCAGACAGUCAUGGCAUGCAGCUCUGUGGCAUUUCUCAUAUCGCCUCUUGUACAUGCGUGUCUGGCUCGCACAUUUCCUCACGCGAUGCGAUCCGGUCUGUCUAACUGGUGCACUUGGGGCGAAUUUUGCUCGAUUGCGCUGGCAGUUGGUGUGACACUCGUAUGGAUGUACAGCGGGCAUUGGCUCCUGGUCGACAUACUCGGGUUUGGCAUUUGUGUUGUCGGCAUCACGUUCAUUCAAAUUCCCAACGUGAAGCUGGUCACCCUGCUUUUCGUCGGACUACUGCUCUACGACGUCUUCUGGGUGUUUUUUUCUGAACGCUGGUUUCAUUCGAACGUCAUGGUGGAAGUUGCCACCAAAGAAGCGGCCAAUCCGAUGGUCUCUGUUGCCAAAGUUCUGCACAUUCCAAAGAUUGCAGAGUCGAGUUCGCAAGUUUUGGAACUUCCCGUGAAGCUCAUCUUCCCAAAUUCGUUCACAAGCUCGCCACGACAUUUCUCCAUGCUGGGCCUUGGCGACAUUGUCAUUCCCGGGCUAUUGGUUGCGUUGGUUCGCCGGAUAGGAGACACGGACGCGCUCAAGUUUCGUUACUUUCAGGCGUCCUUGAUUGGGUACUUUUUCGGUGUCCUUAUGGCCAUCGUGAUGUCUCGUAUUUAUGGAGUGGCGCAACCAGCGCUUCUCUACCUUGUACCCAGUACGCUGUUGGCCGUUGGUUGGGCCACUGCGCGAAAGGGCGAGUUCCAUCGAUUCGUGCAAUUCGAUCAAUCUGAAGAAAAGUACCUGCUACCAAAGCCGUAGCUUUUGUGAAACCAAUGUCAUCUACUGUUAUUGUUGAAACUCUUCCUCCAGUAUUGUUCAUUGGGUGGUGUUCGCUUUUAAGUGAUAUGAAGUCAACGCGUCGCUGUCGAAGCGAUCCAAUUCUUGAAUGUUGCCAAAACUGAAUGAGUUGAACUUCC